AUGAGUUCAGGAGAAUUUAUUGAUUACUAUGAAAUACUUGGCGUGAAUUAUAAUAGUACGGAAAUAGAGAUUAAUAAAGCUUAUCGUAAAAAAGCAAUUACUUAUCAUCCUGAUAAAAAUUUAAAUAAUGUUGAAACUGCAACAAAGACUUUUCACACAAUCACAAAAGCUUACAAUAUAUUAACAGAUCCAAAACAGAAAUUAGAAUAUGAUCUUAAAUUUAAAGCCAGGAUUGCUACAAAGAAAAGAUUUGAAUCAUUAGAUGGUAAAAGAAAAGCAAUGAGAGAAGAAUUGGAAGAGGCGGAAAAGUCAGCUAAACAACAAAAACUUGAUAUAAAAAAAGAACAAGAAGAAAGAAUGAAAAGAUUUUGGGAAAAAGAAGAUCGAUUAAGUAAAAAAAGGGAUGACGAUUUGUCAUCAACCAAUAUUAAAAUUCCAAAUAAUUUAUCAUCUUCUUCUUCAAAUAUCAAUAUUAAAAAACAAACAAUUGAAAAUAAGGAAAAGAUAAUUCAAGAUUUUCAAAAUUAUGAAAAGAAAGUUUUUCGUUCUUCACCUUCAACUCCUGUAUCUGCUUCAAUACCCCUUAAAAAAUCAAAUAAACCAUCUAAAACCUCGAAUUCCGCCUCAUCUUCCUCAUCCACCUCAUCCACCUCAUCCACUACCGCCUCUAUUCCUUUCUCACAAGGUAGACAACCAACAGUGGCUACAAUAUCUUUAGCUCCAACAACUACCACAACUGUGGUCACUACAACUACUACCACUACAACUUCUUUUCCCCCUUUACUAUUAAAUCCUCCACCUUUACCAAAACACCUUGAUCCAAAAGAAUAUCCUUUAGCUGACACUCCAACACCUCCAGUUUUAAAAAGGUUUUGUUUUGAUUUAAAUGGCCAACCUGCUUACAUUCGUGAGCAUGAGGACACUGAAGAACAAUUGUUGAAGGCUUUAUAUAAUAUGCGAGCAUCUGGUCCUACAUCCUCUACAUCAAAAACUGUAAAGACUGCUACUUAUCAUUCUUUUAAUGAUAAUUUUAGUGGAGCUAAACCUUCAGAAAGCGGUGCCCGUAAAAGACCUGCAUCUCCCUUAGAAUUAACAUUAGAACCUCCUAAACAAUCUUCCAAUAAUAAUAGUAUUGAUAGCAAUGAGCUUAGUAAUCAUUUAAGCAAAACCACGCGGGCUUAUAGAUCUUUAUCCCCGCCACAUAAGAAAGUUUGUGCCAAAUCAUCCUCAUCCAUGGUAACAAUUGACUCACGCCAAUCCAUUACCCCCUCCACUUCUUCAAAUUCAAGACAUUAUAAUGCCAUGUCAACAUCUAAUCUUGGUAUGGAUACUCCUUCUACUGCAAGAAGUACCCAAUCUUCUGCACUUCCUUCUCCAUCUCUUUCACCAAACAAUAAUACAAAUCAAUUUGAAACUUUCUUUGCUAACCAUUCUUCUAACACCAAUAUGAAUGAUGAUGAUAAUUUAACAACAAUUAUUGAUGAUACAACAUUCGACGCACUACCGCCUUCAAUGAAAUCUUAUAUGCUUUUUCAAUUAUUAAGGCGUUGCCCCACUAAUACUCUUCAAUAUGUUAGUAAUAUAAUUUUACCGACAUUAAGAAAAGAUUUCCUUGGUACUUUACCACUAGAACUAAGUCUGCACAUUGUAAGAUACUUGGAUGCAUCGAGUAUGUGUAAAGCAGCUCAAGUUAAUAAACAAUGGAGGGAUGUUGUAGAUGGCGAUGGGUUUACUUGGAAAAGAUGUUUGUUGUCUGAUGGUUUCAGUCUUGAUGAUUCAGAAGAAGCACGUGCUAUCUCAGAAGAUUGGGGAUUUACAAGUUCAAUAACAUCACCAUUAAAUCGAAAUAAUUAUAAUAGUAUUGAUGAUGAUAAUGGGUGCUCAAGAGAAGUAGACAAUUCAUCUUCUGAAGAAAGGGCAAUUGUAAAAAUUGACGAGAAUGAUAAUACUGAAAUUAUGAGAAUCAUUAAUGUCACUAACGGAAUUAAAUCUGAAGAGGAAGAUAAUGAUAACGGCGAUGAUGUAAAUUUACAAGAUGCUUAUACACUUUCACCAACAGGUACAGAGGUCCAACCAUCAUCUAUUCCUAAUGGUAAUAAUAGUACGAACAAUAGUGAUAGUGAUAAUUUAUUACGUACAGAGGAAACUUUUUCAAUUCAAAAUAAAGGUAAAGGUCGAGCAGACGUUGGAUGGGAUUCGCAUCCAUAUAAAGAGAUCUACCGUCGACACUAUCUCACACGAAAAAAUUGGUCUAAUGGUCAACAUAAACAUAUCUCCUUUCAAGGUCAUGGUAAUAAUGUUGUAACUUGUUUACAAUUUGAUUCUGAAAAAAUCAUUUCAGGAUCAGAUGACCAAUGUAUAAAUGUUUAUGAUACAGUUAGCGGUAGAAUGAUCAAUAGACUUGAAGGUCAUGAGGUUUGGAGUCUUGAAGACGGCACAAAUAUUUGGACAUUAGAAGGACAUUCGUCUCUUGUUGGUUUACUCGAUCUUUCCCAUGAUUAUCUUGUUUCGGCAGCAGCAGAUUCGAGUCUUCGUAUAUGGAACCCUGACAACGUGUUUGGUAUAGAAGAAGACAAAAAUACGCCAAAUGCCAGUUGUACUGAUGAAGACGGUAAUUGGAUUUCUAAAAGAAUAGUUGUAGGGUAA